CUUUAUCUUAUCCCUUUUUGUUAGAAUGCAGCAUUGCUGAUUGUCGUGAUGGCUCUCUUUGGGGCUGCGGUUGGCAGUAUUGAUACAGGUGUGAAUGUCGUCAUCUUGGCUCUUUGGAGGGACAAGGGCCGCCCCCACAUGCAGGCCUUAUACUUCAGUUUUGCCCUGGGCGCCUUCCUGGCUCCCCUGCUGGCUAAACUGGCACUGGGCCCCACAGUGUCUGCUGACAACCACACAGAAACCGACUUUCUCCCUGCAGCCCUCAAUGCCUCUUCUGAAGCCGCCUCAGACCCUCUACUCGCAGCUCCCCAUGACAUGAACUUACUGUGGGCUUAUGCUUCCAUAGGCACUUAUAUUCUUGUAGUUUCUCUCCUUUUCUUUGCUCUGUUCUGCAUGAAAAGUUCAAGGCAGGGAAAAUCAACAGUAUCUGCUCAGCAAUCUCGAAGAGCUCAAUACCACAAGGCCCUUCUCUGUCUGCUUUUUCUGUUCUUCUUCUUCUACGUUGGGGUUCAGGUGACAUACAAUUCUUACCUUUUCUCCUUUGCCACCACCCAUGUUGGCGUGGAGGAGAGAGAGGCAGCUGGGUUUAACUCCAUCUUCUGGGGAGCCUUCGCAGCCUGCCGGGGCCUGGCAAUCUUCUUUGCUGCGUGUUUACGUCCUGCUACUAUGAUUGUGUUGAGCAACAUUGGCAGCCUGGUCUCCUGUUUGUUUCUGGUGCUUUUUGACAGGAGCCCCCUUUGUCUCUGGAUAGCAACCUCGGUGUAUGGGGCCUCCAUAGCCACCACCUUUCCCAGUGGUGUUUCUUGGAUUGAACAGUACACCACCAUCAGUGGCAAAUCUACUGCAUUUUUUCUGAUUGGUGGUACUCUGGGAGACAUGGCCAUUCCUGCAGUAACUGGAGUUCUUCAGGGGCAAUUCCCAGAUUUACCAGUACUCAUGUACACAUGUUUGGGGUCAGCAAUCUUCACGGCUAUUUUGUUUCCUGUAAUGUACAAAUUAGCCACCUUGCCACUAGGUCACCAGUAAAAAGGACACAAAAAGAGUGAGGGGAAGAAAGCUCAAAUC